CAUUCAAAUCAAUCUUGACAGACGGCCUCCCGCCACUUGGUGGUGAGAUUGGCAACAGGACUGAUUCGUCACAAAGGGAGGACCACGAGGAUGCUGUCAUUGAUCAUUCCAUGUUUACCCUUAUCAAGGAUAUAUCACUUUCUAAUAAACCAUCAUUGAUAUGGCAGUUAUUUGAAAACAAAGGUAAUUUCGAUUAUUGCUCCGAAACCUCAAUUGCCAAUUGCGUUUCUGUAGUGUUGGCCGAUAUUGUAUAUGCCAUGGGUAGAGAGAAAGAGCUCAGUUUUCGUGAAGAAAUGCCAUUUCGCCAGCAGCGACCUGAUAUAUGGGUAGUCUCGUUUCAUGGUCUUCCCGUCGGUAUCAUUGAGAUUAAGAAGCCCUCAGACAAGAUUAUGGAUUCACCUCAAUUGGGAGGUCAAGUAUUCGACUACUUGACUAUGUUGCAAUCAUUCUAUGGGAUUAAAUGGCAUUUUGCCAUUGUAUCCACAUACAGACAGUGGAAGAUCUUCUGGUUGAAAGAUACUGAUACCAUAGCCAAGUCGGACUCUGUCUCCACUCCGGACAAUUUAUUCAUCACAAAUCAACAUCAACUUCCAGAUAUUCCAUUAUGGGGUGGAGCUAAUCCGGUUACUGUCAAGGCUGUUAGUAAGAAACGAACAGCAACUACAUCUCGCAAUAUCUAUGCCAGCGACACAAUAUUUUCAGAUGACAAACGUCUUGCUCAUGCUAUUGCCUCAGUUUUGCAUAAGAUGGCCUCCACCCCAAGAGACAAGGUUUGUUUGGUAGAUCACAAUCGAGCUUAUAUUGAAAUGAAUGAUCAAACAUGGAAAUGGACAGAUCUGCCUUCGGACCUUAAGCAAGUCAAGUUUGAGUUGAUGCCUCGUAUUGAUGCCCCAAAAUAUAUCUGCUUGGCAUACUUGGGGAGUGGUUCAGAAGGUUUAGUCUGGCUUGCCACCACUAAGUCAGGUAAUGGGUGUGUAAUCAAGCUCUCAACAACCAUUCGACCAAUUCCACUUCAGCUGACAGGCACAAAAGAACAUUAUAAUAGAAAUACUGAAGAAGAGAGAGAGACUCUACUUAGUAAGAUGAAGACUGAAGCAAAGAAUUGGAGUGAUGUAUGGGGCAUUAAUGCUCAAGCAAAAAUUAUAGGUGGCCAGCCUGCACUGGUUAUGCCAUACCUUCAGAUGUGCUCACAAGAUGAGCUAGAUAAUAGUUCUGAAAUUCAGAAUGCUACAUGUAUAGCUGUCGAAGAUAUGGCUAAGCAAGGUUACCAGCAUGCAGAUCUUUCUCAACGUCAUGUUGGCCUUUACAAAAAAGUUGAUUCCUCUGGAAAGUGCUGUCUGCAUGCAAUCUUUGUUGAUCUUUCAAACAUUAGGAAGAUUCAACCUACUGAUCAGGUUGAUGCUGUUACAGCUAUGUUGAGUGAUCUCAAUUUAUGA